AUACUUGUCCCUCCCUCUCUGCCUUCCUCUGUCCACCAGGCAGCGGCUGCCGUCAACCUAAACGGAAAAAGUCACACACACAAAUAGCAGCUAUGUCGGAAAAACUUCCCUACAAAGUUGCUGACAUCAGCCUGGCCGAAUGGGGGCGUAAGGCCAUUGAGAUUGCAGAGAACGAGAUGCCUGGUCUGAUGAAGAUGAGGGAGAUGUACAGUCAGUCCAAGCCUCUCGCGGGCGCCCGUAUUGCCGGCUGCCUCCACAUGACCCUGCAGACUGCCGUGCUCAUCGAGACCCUCACCGCCCUCGGAGCUGAGGUUCAGUGGUCAAGCUGCAACAUCUUCUCCACUCAGGAUCAUGCUGCUGCCGCCAUCGCCAAGUCUGGCAUUCCAGUGUAUGCUUGGAAAGGUGAGACGGAUGAGGAGUACGUGUGGUGCAUCGAGCAGACACUGUACUUCAAAGAUGGUCAGGCCCUCAACAUGAUCCUGGAUGAUGGAGGAGACCUCACCAACCUGGUCCAUCAGAAGUACCCUGGCCUUGUAUUUUCAGGUAUCUGUGGGUUAUCAGAAGAGACCACUACAGGUGUGCACAACCUGUACAAGAUGAUGAAAAAGGGUGAACUGAAGAUCCCUGCAAUCAACGUCAAUGACUCUGUCACAAAGAGCAAGUUUGACAACCUGUAUGGAUGCAGGGAGAGUCUGAUCGAUGGUAUCAAACGUGCCACUGACGUGAUGAUCGCCGGUAAAGUUGCUGUGGUGGCGGGCUACGGUGAUGUGGGUAAGGGCUGCGUCCAGGCUUUGCGUGGAUUUGGAGCUCGUGUCAUCGUCACCGAAAUCGAUCCCAUCAACGCCCUGCAGGCUGCCAUGGAGGGUUACGAGGUUACCACCAUGGAUGAAGCUUCUAAGGAAGGAAACAUCUUCAUCACCACCACUGGCUGUGAGGACAUCAUCCUGGGACACCACUUUGAGAACAUGAAAGAUGAUGCCAUUGUUUGUAACAUCGGACACUUUGACUGUGAGAUCGACAUAAAGUGGCUCAACCAAAACGCUGCUGAGAAGGUCAACAUCAAGCCUCAGGUGGAUCGCUAUCGUUUGAACAACGGGCGUCACAUCAUCCUUCUGGCUGAGGGCAGACUGGUCAACUUGGGCUGUGCCAUGGGACACCCAUCCUUUGUCAUGAGCAACUCCUUCACCAAUCAGGUUCUGGCUCAGAUCGAGCUGUGGACGAACACGAACACGGACAAAUACCCAGUGGGAGUCUACUUCUUGCCCAAGAAGUUGGAUGAGCAGGUGGCUGCUGCCCACCUGGAUAAACUGGGGGUGAAGCUGACCAGGCUGACAGACAAACAGGCCAAAUACCUCGGUCUAUCCCCGGAGGGGCCCUUCAAACCGGACCACUAUCGCUAUUGAGCCCCCAGCCUAACCUUCACCCAGCUGUGGACGAGGAGGAGGAGGGGGAGCAGAAGACAGAGGAGCAGGAGGUGUGGCUAGAAGGGUGCUGGGAUAUGGUUGGUGGGAGCACUUGGAGUUUGGCCAGGUUGCACUGUGGGUGCCAAGUUGGCUUUGGCCACACCUGAACUUUUCACUGACACAAAUACUGUUCUGGGUUUUCCUUUCCAUUUCAAAUCAGUGCUAAAUGUGUUUUACUUGUUUCAUCCUGAAAGUGGCAUCAACCUCCAGGCUUCAGUCAGUAGCUUUACAUGGUUGUAAAUGUCAGGAUGUGAUAGUUCUCAAGUUUUCUUCUCUGCUCAGACAUGCAUGUCCAAAGAACAUCCAGCUGUGUAUUUAAUCUGCAAACGUAUUAGCUUGUCUUUUCACUUUGGUGUUCCAGAGGAAAAAAAGUCUAUUCUGAUGCCUUCCGUCUGUCCUCGUUCUCAUCAGUAUCUUCUCAGACACAGUCAAGUGCUGCUGUUAUGCAAUAAGAAUAAACUUCUGCCAUUCAUGCUCCAUUUCUGGAAUUCAAUUACCCUUGAUGCUUUUCUAUCUGAGCUCUUCUCUUGGUCUUGUAGCGGCUCAGAGUAAAGGUUCUACAGUAUCAUGAUGAAUUGAGGCAAACAGUUUUGUGUACUGUGGCCUUAUUCCAGUGGAUUCACAUUAACGCUGUCAUUUUGUUAGCACUUAAUAAAACUUGAACUGUGAGAAGUCCAGAGGCACACAAAGUGCUCGGUGUAAUGGGUGUUUACUACUUAUCCAGGUUGAUCAGUACAGAGUAAAGGGAAGCACCGCUGCCAAAGGAACCACCAAAGCACCUCGUGUUAUUGCCUGUUUUUGAGUCUUAUUUGUUCUGCUGCCUCAUUUUCUUCCAUUAUUGUGAUUCCUAAAUUUGACUUGAAGGGCCAAAAUGUGCAAUGACCCCCUCCCUCGAUUCUUAUUUUCACUGUAGCCAAUCUGGAUCUUCUGAUGCUGGGUGUAAAUGGUUCUGGGUUACAGCAUGGACGUUGUGAUUCUCAGCUGUUAUGGUCUGUAAACAAUGUUCAAACUGAAGUGUGGCGAAGGGACAAUAAAAAGUGUUGAAUCUGGA